UGUCAUUUAUAACUUCAAGAUGUCCAAAAUUUAUUUAUAUAUAAGGAAAUUUCAUCAUUUAUAAUUUUCUAUUUAAAGAAAUUGUGUCUCACUUUGAAGUUGGACUUUUUUAUGCUUAGAAAAAAAUGACAAUGCCAGGCAGAAGACUGCUGUCAGUCAUCUGUUCUCAAAUGGAUUUGAAAGUUCUGUGGGUUCUGAAACAAUUGGAUUAUCUAUUUAAGCUUGUGGAUAUGUUUUGUAUGUAUAUCAAUUCAGGAAUAACUUGAAAUGGAGGUGACCAUUUUGCGUUGACAGUAAGGAAGUUAAAAUAAUAGGAGAUAACCUUGAAGAAUAUGAAAACACAGCACAUACAUUCAAUAACUGCAAUUAAUCAAGCAAGAUCAUAAAAACCAAGUCAUAAUUCUACAACAUCUAUCCAGAAGUUGUGGAAUAUGAGAUUUGAGGUGCUAGAUCGGAAAGAAAAUGUUGGAGAAAACUUUUACCGUUAUGCUGAUGGGCUCUUGAAAAAGGAAGAGAAAAUCAUAAAGAUUUGAAGCACUUUAGUUUAUUGCAUGGUUUGUUGUUAGAUGUCAGGAAAAUAUUCUGGGGAAUGCCAUUUUAUUCCACUCACAGAACUUACUGAAAGAAGAUCUUUGCAAAGCUUAACCACUUAAAACGUAAUGAGCCACACAUGUUCAAAAUAAGGAGGAUGAAAAAAAACAGAAACAAGUUAACAAGCUUGAACUGAAGCAGAGGAAUCAUAUUUAAGGAACAGGUGUAGCUGUGUGUUUACUCUAGGUGAUCUGGCAUUGUGGCAUACAUUAUAGAAAAGCUUGCCAAAGAUGUGAGGCAUUGUAAACAGAGGAAUAGGAAAAGAUCUACAAAGAUAUAGUAUUACCUUUGAAGAAAAAAGAAAUUGAAGAAAAGAAAGUUAUGGCUCUAAAAGUUGCUUUUUGUACUUUUACAGAUUUUACGAAGUUUGUUUCAAUACAGAUUUAAAGCUUACUACUCUCAGAUCAAGGAAAAGCUGCCAUCUGAUUUUCCCAGGGCUCAAAUUGACGCUAAUGAUAUAGGUGAAACCAUAAUGACUGCAUUUCUGCAAGACAAUAAUUGUGAUGGAAGAAAGAAAACUGUUGGGAUCCCCAAUAAAGUUGUUUAACCAGACUAAAAGUUAAAACAAAAUGUGGAAGAGGAUUAUAGUGAAUUGUGUGUUUUAUGAAUUCUUUUAAAUGUGUGGAAUUUUAUUAUGGGAGUAAAUUGGAGUGUUAUCAUUGUUUGUUAUUUUCUGGGAAUAUCAUUUUGUGUAGCAGGAAGCAGACAAAAAGAUAACAAUAAGAACAAGAGUGCUCCAAAAAUUGCAGACAUUGACUUUCGACAGAACUUAGCUUCGUUAGUAGGAGAUAGAUUAAAACUGCCUUGUAAAGUAAUAGGCUAUCCAAAACCUUUCAAAAUAUGGCAUAAAGACCAGCGGCCACUGUCUACAAAGGAUGAUAACAGGUAUAAGUUUGGAAGAAAUGCAUUAACAAUUGAUCCAGUGGAAAAGAACGAUUCUGGAACUUACUACUGUCAUGCAGAAAAUGGACUUGGUGAUUUAUGGAUUAACUUUACUGUGAAAGUGUUGACGGAAGAAGAAGUUGAGGAUUACGAUGAGGUAGAAUAUGAUGAUCCUGAUGGCAAAUGUCAAGAAGGUCCACCAGUUUUUAAAGACAAAACCAAUGGCGAGUGGAUUGCCAGACCAGAAAUGUCUCCAGUGGAAAUCAAAUGUGUUGCUUGUGGAAAACCCAAACCUACAAUUCAGUGGUAUAAGGACAAACAGUUCAUUGACCCUGGUGUCACAGGAGGACGGUACAAUGUUCGAGAAUAUCAACUAAAGAUCGAUAGACUUCUGAAAUCUGAUGAAGGCAACUAUACCUGUGUUGUUGAGAAUGAACUUGGAAAAUUGAAUUUCACCUACAAACUUGAAGUUCUAAUGAGCAGAAUUACAAAACCAGUAAUUGUGGGACCAACAAAUCAGACAGUCCAAGCAGGGGGUGAUGCUAGGUUUGAAUGUAAAGUGUUAAGAAAUGACCUACAGCACCAUACACAGUGGUUACAACACUACACAGUCAAUGGUUCUUAUAGAGAUGAUGAAGGACAGCCAUAUGUCAACAUUAUACAGCAAUCCAUGGUGAAUGUUAGUCAACCAGAAAUACUUAUAAUAAAGAAUGUAACAAAAGAUAAUGCUGGAUGGUAUACUUGUUUGAUUUCUAAUCCACUUGGUAGAGAUUAUCAGAGUGCCUGGCUAACAGUUAUAGGUAAAGGCUUAGAUAAACAAGCAGAAGCAGUAGCUAGUAGGUCAGGAGAGACAAACAGUAAAGAAAGAGUAGUUAUCUACAUCAUUGCUGGGGUCACAUCAGUCGUCGUUCUCAUCUUGUUACUGUUGGUGUUUAUAUGUUACAAACGUUACAAGAGGGUACAAUCAGGCAAAUACAGAAAUGUCAAAAGAGUAAUUGUCAUGAGACAGAAUGAGAUUUACUAUCCAGACAAGUCUUAUGAUGGCACACAACCACUGGUUUUACCAACAAUUAGAAUUGAACCUGGUCCAAGACGACGCUUAUCAUCAGACUUGACCAUGAUGUCAGAGUAUGAUCUCCCUCUUGAUAAACACUGGGAAUUUGGAAGAGAAAAGUUAUCACUUGGAAAGCCACUUGGAGAAGGAGCAUUCGGUCUGGUAGUGAAAGCAGAAGCUGUUGGAUUAAAUAAAGCUCCAACAACGGCCGUAGCAGUCAAGAUGUUGAAGGAGGAUGCAACUGAUAGAGAAUUGACAGAUCUAAUACAAGAAAUGGAAGUGAUGAAAUUAAUAGGAUGCCAUAAAAAUAUCAUUAAUUUACUUGGAUGUUGUACUCAAAAUGGACCUCUAUAUGUAUUGGUUGAAUUUGCGCCACAUGGUAACUUGCGAGACUUUUUGAGGUCAAGAAGACCGCCUAAUUCUGCAGGAUACGAAAAGCCGGGGCUUGAAAAGGGCUCUUCCAGACCAUUAACAGAAAAAGACUUGAUAUCAUUUGCAUAUCAGAUUGCUAGAGGAAUGGAAUACCUUGCGUCAAGACAGUGCAUUCACAGAGAUUUAGCUGCAAGAAAUGUGUUAGUUGCUGAAGACUAUGUACUAAAAAUAGCAGAUUUUGGUUUGACCAGAAAUCUGACCAAUGUGGAUUAUUACAGAAAGACUGGAGAUGGUCGUCUACCAGUAAAAUGGAUGGCUCCAGAGGCAUUAUUUGACAGAAAAUAUACUUCCAAGAGUGAUGUUUGGUCCUAUGGUGUACUGUUGUGGGAGAUAUUUACACUCGGAGGAAAUCCUUAUCCUUCUGUACCUGUAGAAAGAUUAUUUGAACUUUUAAAAGAAGGUCAUAGAAUGGAGAAACCUCCAUAUGCUUCGGAUGAAAUUAAUAGAAUGAUGCAGUUCUGUUGGCAUGAGUAUCCAUCAGGGCGACCAUCUUUCAAUAAACUUGUUAAUGAGUUAGAUAAAAUGUUGACGUCUAUGGCAAACAGAGGUGAAGAAUAUUUAGAUUUAGAACCACUAGAAAGUCCAACCAGUAUGUCAGAUAGCCAGUAUUCUUCUAUGUCUCGUAGCUCAAGUAAUUACGAUGUAACGAGCAAUAGCACAGACUCAGAAUCUUCAUGAAUGUAACAGUAUACAUCCCAUCAUAUCAUAGUCUCUCUCAUGUACGAGGCAUUCACUGACAACUGUGUCUCAUACAACUAGGCAGCGAUUGUUUCAUAAUCUCAUUCAUCUGGAUGUCUUCCACAUUGUGUAGACGAAAAAACAGCAUGUGCCAAUUUUCUUUUUCUCAGCUUGUUACUUGAGCAAGUGUUUUAAUAUGUAGUAACUCUUUUAUAAAGGAGAUUAAAAAAUGGACUUAUUUGCCACAGUGUGUUCAAAGAAUAUUGGAUUAUUCUUGAUGUGUUCAAAGAAGACAACCAUUUUAUUCAAUCUCAUGUUUUUACAAUAAGUGCUACAGUGAACAAAAAAGACGGGUUUUUGUUGCUGAAAUGUUGUAACCUCAUUGACACCAAAGACAAAGAAGUACUAUUAGAAAUCCAGUGUCUGAUUUGUCAGUGAUUAUUUAUGUGAUUUGUGUUUGAUCAGGAUUAUGUUUAAUCAUGAUUUGUACAUGAACUUAUUUCAAGUCAUUGUAAGGCCAUUCCAUUUUAGUAACCUAGUAGCAAGCCCAUUGAGUUUUCUAUAUAUAGAUCAUGGGUUAAUGUUUCAGAACUACAGCUUGAGGAGUUGUCACUUAAUUUCAUUCUUUAUCUGUUUAUUCUGCUAGAGGAAGUGAAAUGGAAGCCUUUAUUGUCUUGAGGUACAACUAUGUUUUAUUGAAAUACAGAAAUUUUGAUUUGAAUUUUACUUGAUUUUAUAAUGAACUUUUAUAAUUUUUUUACUGCAAAAAAAUGUUUUAUAAUUAAAAUCUGUGAAAUUUGCAUUUUUUUCUCCACAUUUUCUAGACUAAAUUUUACAACGAAGUGAAGCUAACAAGACAGGACUGUCAAAAUAAUUUUGUCUGUUUUAUCAUUCUGUAAGUAGGAAUGCAGGAACAGUAAAAACAAAUGUUUUUUAUUGGCACAUACUUAGUAACAUUAUACACAAUUUUAUAUUUGUCUUUGGUUAUACAUCAGUUACCUUAGUAUACAUUUCAAUAAAUAUCGAUUAGAAAAAAUAUUUUUUAGAAAUAUAAACUAUGGUAAACUAGGACCUGUGUAUUCAAAAAAUUAAAUGUUCAUGUUUCUGUCUUCUCAAGAAAAAGAUGUAUAUUUAACUUGUUCAUGCAAUGAAUUACUUGUGAUUAAUAAAGGAAUUAAAGUAGAGGUUAAUUUGUUAACUUUCAAAUUCCUUUUUUUUUCUUUUCGAUAUCUCUGAUUGAAAACGGUUAGUCAGUUAAAAAUAGAAUGUUUUCAUUCAAAUGUUUAAUGAUUGUCAAAUUCAAAACAAAUAACACUUAAAUAAAAUGGUGCAAAGCCAGUUACAAAUGAUAAAUCAAACAAAACAGAAUCAGCCUGUGUCAAAUCGGGUACAAAUCAUGCAAUGGAACAAAGUAUUUUGUAAUUAUGGUCCAAUUCUGGACCUCUUGGUGUAUAUAUAUAUAUAUGACCAGUAUGUAUAAUUAUGUUGAUGCAUAUAUUGUUAACAAUUAAUAAAUUUUAUGAUUCUGAAGUACAGAGUUUAUUUUUAGACUUGACAAUGAUGUAAAUGUUUUCUCUUUGUGUUCAUUGUUAAAUUAUGGCAAGGUGACGCCAUCUGUUGCUUACUUUUUAUUUCACUUGUUAAAACCUUAUGUAUCAAUGUUGCUCCUCUUUUGUGAUUUUUGUACAUAAUUGUUUUUUUUUAUACUAGAACUGUUAUAUAAAUGUUAGGAGCCCAGUUCUGAUGAAAACUUUCUUUUACCUGUGUCAUUGACAAAACUUUCCUAUAUCUUUUAAUAGUGGUUUCUUUUUCUGUUGUAUUUGGAAUUUAAUAAUUUUUGAUCAAUUCAAGUUCAGAAACAAAUUUCAUCUGAAGAGGAAAGAAAUUGCAUAAAAAUCUAAGAAUAUCACUUCUUCAACGUACAUGUCAUUUAAAAAAUUUAAAGUUCAAAUUCUGAUACAUUUGAGAACAUUUCAUUAGUUUUGCCUCAUUUAAUAUGGUUAAUUGAAACAAAAAAUUAUUAUUUUACUAAAUAUCUUCAAUAAAAAAUUAUAGCAAGUUACUUGCAAACAGUUUCAUGGGCCAUAUUCUUCCUAUGUAUAAUUACAGAAGACAUUUGUAAUUACAGUGAUUACAAUUAUACCCAAUUGUAUUUUGCAUAAGAAUUUAAAGUAUACUUACAAUAUUACUUAACAUGUAUAAGGUUGUAGUUUUGUCCGUCCAUUUGGUUGAUUUUGAUUAAAUAGUAACAUCACACUUUUAACCCCUUGAAAUUGAAUUUAUGUUUUGCAAAUAGCUGUAUUAAAAGCCAUGAAGGUUGCAGAAAAGUUUUAAAAGAUCAGCUGGUAUUUUAUCUCGAUGUACAAGAUGUGUGUAUUAAUGAUUUUGGGGUAAAUUGAUUUUAAACUGCUUACCAUACAAUUAAUCUAAUUAUGGUAUGCAGCAGAUAAUUACAAAAAUAUACAUGCACAUAAAUUAGACCCUCGGUGGCUCAUUUUGCAUUUCUGGUGGUUUUUUGUUUUUUUUUUAAAUUAAACAAGUAGUUUAUAUUAGAUAAUAAAGUUCUAGAAGAUUUGAAAUUAUAAUUGUACAUAUAAGUGAAAUCUGUAAAAAAAAAUGAUGAUAGAAAAAAAAUGUCUUGAGUCACAGAGGGUGUAGUAAAAUAAUUGUAUUAGUUUGUUUUCAAUGGAAAAUGAUCUCAGAUGUAUAGCCCUACAAAAAUUAACCUUUUGCUUGUUACAGUAUUUAAUCAGUUUUGUAUAGUUUUAACACUGCCUUAAUUUUUAUGUUUUGCCUAAUUGUGUUCACUAAUUUGGUUUAACUUUUGUUUUUCAGUUUUAAAAACUGCAGACUUUUUCUCGUUGAUAAAAUCAAAUUCAUUUAACACUGCCAGAUAUUAUUUUAAUUCAUCUUUUAACUUUUAAUUUCAUUUUAUUUAAUUCAUCAGAUUUGUUGGGCAUUUUACAUAAAAUUCUGUUGUGUUCAUUUUUAAAAAAAACAAUUCAUUAUAUAUAUAAAUGUGUUCAAUGUGUAAGAUAACUCUACCUAUUUUAAACCAUUGUUAAUCAUGUUGUUGUUUUAAUUUUUUUUUUUUAUAUUUUACAAAAAUUAAUGAUAUUUUUCAUCACCCCAUAACGGAUUUAAACACAUUAGUUAUGAUAAAAUAAAAUAUGCGAAAUCUGGAGAAAAUAAUUGAAAUAAUUUUUUUUUCAUUUACUUUUGUAAUGUAAUUUUAUUAUAUGAAUAACUCAUUGAAGUUUAAUUAUUGGUCAGUUCUUGAUAUUGAACUGUUUGCAACAUUUUGUAAUUUAAUCAUCGGGCAAAAAAAAUGAAAAAAAUUAAUGUCUGCUAAGUUGGUGACUAUAAAUGCACAUGGUUUUUUCGCCCAACCUACAUAUAAAAUUAUAUGAAUAAAUGUCUCAGUAUUUUUUUUUUAAGUAUUACCUUAUGCAAGAGUUGAUGGUGCAGAAUUAUAUGUCUAUGCAGUUCAUUUGUUUAAAUAUUGCCAAAAGUGUCUGUUUGUUUAAAGGUCCUAGACAAGCUUACCAAAUUUGAUUUACCUCAGUCUAUUUUUUGGGGGCUGCCUUCUCUGGCUUGCAGACUCUUGUAAAAAUCUAUAUAAAGCAAUACAGGACUAAUGCAUUCAUUUAAUUUGUACAAGGUUUGAAAUGUAUCUGCCACAUGAUAUUUUUUAAGAGUAAUGAACACAUUUUAUUUAUAUAUUAAAUUUCUUAACCAACACUUGGUGAAUUGGGUUUAUUUAGCUAACAAAGUUAUUAAAUCUUUUGAAAUGUUUUUACUAGUAUACUAUUUUGAUAAUUUUGGAAAUAUAUAUACAUAUGUGGUUGUUGAUAUAUAUUUUUUUACUAUCUGGACAAUGGAUGUCCUUUUCAAAUUUUAUUUCUUGUUGUUUCUGUAUCUGCAGGAAAACAGAUGCUUUUUUCAAGUUGAUUUGUAUUCUUUUGAUAGAAUUUCAAAUUUUUAUUUACACCACUGUCACAAGUAAGUAAAAUUUGAUUGCAUGUUUUAAAAUUUAACAAUCACUGCAAGAUGUGUCUUUGAAAAAUCUUUUUAAAAGUAAAUAUUGAUGUGCUUUAUAUUAAGUUUUUUUUUUAAAUUUGUUAUUAGUAGUAUAAAUAUACCUCUAAAAGUUCACUAUUAGUAGUAUAAAGACACUUCUGAAAGUUCACAUACAUGGUUUUAAACAUAACAACAAUGAACUUUUUGCACUAAGUUUUUAUUGUCUGCUAUUAAUGUACAGAUGUUGUAUAGAACAACAACAACAGGUGCUUUCAAUCAAUUACACACAUACAUUUUGGGCUCACCAGAAACAAAAGGUCCAUGUGAGCCAUCACUUGGCUUCUGUUGUGGUUGUCAGGUAUUAACUGUUUAAAAAUCUUCUCCUUUUAAAUCUACAGGACCAAUCACCCUGAAAACCAUCAGAAUGCCACUCUCUACCUUUUGGAAUAUCAAUUGAUACCCUAUGGCUUUAUUUUUUUUUUAUUUUUUUUUUACAAAUAUCUUGAAAUUUCAAGAGAGAACCAGCAAAACUUACCAUCAAGACAGGAUUUCCUUGUACAAGAAAAUCAUGUGAUUGAAAUCAACAUAUGAGCUUUCAAUGGUUUAGUUAUACUGCUUGUAGAAGUUAUCAGUACUGUUCAGAUAAGUCUAUAUUAGAAUAUCUUAGGAUAUAUGUUAAGUUGUUCAUAGGUCACAUAUGCUGUUAUAAACUCAUACUACAAAUGUACAACAUUGUGUUCAAUAAUUGUUAUGAAAUUUUCUAGUCUGAGUAAAACUGAUCUGUAACAAUUAAAGGUCCCAAUAAUCAAAUUGUUCAUGUCUUUGUUGAAUUCAGUUGUAUCUGAUAGAAAGAAUUACAUCAAUAAAAUAAAUGUUAACAAUUA